AGGAUGAUUUGUCUUACUCGCCUGACGACGACUAUAGUGACUCUGAAGAGUCUAAUGCGCUAACAAUUAAGCACAGCUUCCGUAUUUUUUUCUCAAGGAAACAUUGUCAAAUCACAGUUUAUUCUAUUAAGUCAUGGACUUGUCGUGAAGAUGAAGACCCUUCUGAAUAUAAUAUCCACUGGAACGAACAUGGCGAUUAA